AUGCGGUUGCUUGGACAGCUUCUUUCCCCUGCACUGGUCCUGGUCGGCCAUGGCGCCCUCACGCUGGCCGCCACUGCGCUGCCGAUGGCCAAGCUGUUCGACAUCGUCACUGACAGCAACCUCAACGGAAACUGCGCGGCGUACAGCACGGCCACACUGGACCAGCUGGCGACUGAUGCGCUGAAAAUGGCCGAGGCUGGCAGUAAAGCGUGCGAUUCCUAUGUUGCCUCCGAUCCGGCCAUGGUCCGGCUCUUCGAUGCCUUUUUCCAGGGAACCGAUGCCACCGCGGUGGCAGGGAUGAAACUCUGGUACGACUACAUCAGCAACUGGCUGCAGAAUGGGGGCCCCUUGUCGGGACGGACCAAGCAGCCACUGCUCUUUUGUGGCGACCACAGCAUCCGGCAGACAAUGAGCAGCGCGUUGCGGGAUGACGAUGGCAACACCCACCAAAACGCCCAGAAGACAGGGGACACGUUGAUUAUCCAGGAUUCCUACAUGAAGGACUGGUGGAAGCAAAUUGCGACGGCGCAGCAGGUCCGGUUGACGGCGGUCUACCCCUACUGGGAUCCGCAGCAGCUGGUGUACUUCUUCGACCAGAAGAAGGGGUCGAGCGUGACGGAUUAUCAGUGCGCCGAGGACAGCCUGGGCUAUACGAUCACGCAGGGCCGGGGCAGCGUGACGCUGUGCCAGAGCUCCUUCUCCUCCGGGGGCAACCUGGGCAGCGUCGCCCCGAGCCCUAUCCCCGCCGCCGACUUCGUCAACGGCAAUCCCCCCUCCAACAAGGCCGCGCAGCCCAUCGACGACAUCAUGCCUGCUGGUGCCACCCUCUUUCACGAGUUGCUUCAUCUCUUCUCCGAGAGCAAGUUUGUCCCUGAUGUGGGCGAGGAGUAUAACGCCUGGCGCAUCAUGGGCAAGGUGGUGCGCGAUGACAACACCUACUUUACCGGUGACAAUGCCGUUGAUAACGCCGAGUCCUACACCUUUGUGGCGGGCGCCGCUUACUAUACCCAGAAUAUGCCGUCGAGUGGCAAGGUGGUGGAGUACUAUACCGGAUAUUGUUCGACCCAGUAG